UCGGAUCCAAAAAGAAGAAGAAAAGGUGAAAAAGACAAAUCGGAAAUAAAAAUAAAAAUCAAAGAGACGAUUCGAUCGCAUCAAUGGCGGAAGAGAAGAGCUUCAAGUAUGUCAUCGUCGGAGGUGGUGUCUCCGCCGGAUACGCGGCGAGAGAGUUCUUUAAGCAAGGUGUCAAGCCUGGUGAACUUGCUAUCAUUUCCAGGGAACAAGUGCCUCCAUAUGAGCGUCCUGCUCUAAGCAAGGGAUAUAUUCACCUCGAUAAUAAAGCUACACUUCCGAAUUUCUAUGUGGCUGCUGGAAGUGGGGGAGAGAGACAGUUCCCUCAAUGGUACAAAGAGAAAGGUAUUGAGCUGAUUUUGGGCACAGAGAUUGUCAAAGCAGAUCUUGCUGCAAAGACGCUUGUCAGUGGUACUGGACAAGUCUUCAAGUACCAAACUUUGCUAGCUGCAACUGGUUCUUCUGUCAUAAGGUUGUCAGAUUUUGGCGUCCCAGGUGCAGAUGCUAAGAAUAUAUUCUACCUGAGAGAACUCGAAGAUGCUGAUUACCUUGCUUAUGCAAUGGAAACAAAGGAAAAAGGAAAGGCUGUGGUUGUUGGUGGUGGUUACAUCGGUCUUGAACUCAGUGCUGCUCUGAAGGCUAACAACCUCGAAGUUACCAUGGUUUAUCCAGAACCUUGGUGCAUGCCUCGGCUUUUCACCGCUGGCAUUGCUUCCUUCUACGAGGGUUACUACGCCAACAAAGGAAUCAACAUUGUCAAAGGCACUGUUGCAUCCGGUUUCAGUACCAACUCAAAUGGAGAGGUCACUGAGGUGAAAUUGAAGGACGGAAGAACAUUAGAAGCUGAUAUCGUGAUCGUGGGUGUCGGUGGUAGACCAAUUAUAUCACUCUUCAAAGGUCAAGUUGAAGAAGAGAAGGGUGGUUUGAAGACUGAUGGGUUCUUCAAAACAAGCGUCCCAGAUGUAUACGCCAUUGGUGAUGUAGCCACCUUCCCAAUGAAACUCUACAACGAAAUGAGACGCGUUGAACACGUUGACCAUGCUCGCAAAUCCGCUGAACAAGCCGUAAAGGCAAUCAAGGCGGCUGAGGAAGGGAACUCAAUUCCGGAAUAUGACUACCUGCCAUACUUCUACUCUAGAGCCUUUGAUCUCUCAUGGCAAUUCUACGGUGACAACGUUGGAGAAAGCGUAUUGUUUGGGGACAAUGACCCCAAAUCGCCUAAGCCGAAAUUCGGGAGCUACUGGAUUAAAGAAGGAAAAGUGGUUGGAGCAUUUUUAGAAGGUGGAACUCCUGACGAGAACAAUGCAAUUGCUAAACUUGCACGAGCACAACCUUCUGUUGAGAGCCUUGAAGUGCUGUCUAAGGAAGGCCUUUCCUUCGCCACAAAGAUAUAAAUUGCCUUUUCUAGGUUCUGUGUUAGUGUGAGCUUUGAGUUCGAGUGGCUUUUAUGUCAUUUUGCUAUUAUGAUAGCAGAGUGGACAUUUUUGUUAUUUGUUUGACUCGCUUUCUUUGGAUUGUUAAUUUGGUUCCAAAAUAAAAUUGAAAGUCACUC